CGAAGAGGACUCAAAACUUGCUGCUCUUUGUUCUUCACCAUGGCACCUCAAGAUUCUGCUGGGCGAAUUUCCAAGCAGAGUUUUAUAGUUUCUAUCUCCGUACUUCUAGUCCCGGCUAUCUUGGGGGUGUUGGCGCGGUUGUUCAUCCGCCUCCGCAUCCAGAGACAGAGACCCUCCACGGACGACUGGCUGUUGGUAAUUGCCCUCGGCUUCCUCCUGGCCAGUAUCAUUAUUAUGUAUAGGGAGGUGGUGGAUCGGAUGUACUUGGUGUUUGCUCUCGGCCAAGGCAUGACAGAUGUGGCCAUUCCAUCGGAUAUCGUUCAAGUUUCGUACAAGUUCCACCUAUGGAGCGAUGUCUGUCUCUUAAUCUCGUGGUGUGCUUUCAGUGCCGUCAAACUGAGCUUCCUCUUCUUCUUCCGGAAGCUGAUCGAGCGGAUGAGGGCCUGGCAGCUGUACUGGUGGGCCAUCCUCAUCUACACGAUCGCCGUGUUGAUCUACGGAUCCUUGAUCUUCUUCGUCAGCUGUCCCUACUUCUUCGACCCUCGUGAGAAUACUUGCGCAACUGGAAGCAAUAAACAGGUGAUCGUGGCUGAGUCAAUCGCACUGGCAGUGCUCGACACGGUGGGCGACCUCUUGAUUCUCGUGAUCCCAAUCAAUGUCAUCUGGAAGGUCCGGGUGCGAUGGCCACAAAAAGUGCUCCUGACCUGCUCGCUAUGUCUGACGGUCAUCAUGAUCGCCCUCUCAAUUGUGCGGGUCUGCGGGCUCGUAGCAGGCGAUAUGGUCGAUACCAUCUGGGAGACAUACUGGCAAUUUCUGAGCGCCGAAGUCGGGGUGUUCCUGGCCGCGGCCGUCUCGUUUCGCUCGCUCUUUGUGGCGCACAACAAAUCGUACGCACCUAACUAUUCGAUCAAAAAGUUUCUGCAACAGUCUUUUCGGUCUCCGCAGAAGCGCGAUCCCUUGACAUUAUCAGAUUCGUGGCUGGAGAUGCCUGGAUCUGACAUGGAAGCGUUAUCGGGGACUGUCCACGCCACUGCCGGGAAAAAUGGCAUCACCCGCGGUGAGCAACGCGGGGCGGAUUUGGAAGCAAAUUAGACGUCCCGUCAUUGCCUCAGGGCGCUGGUGUCGGAGCGUUACGCGGUUCAGCCGGCUUUCCACCUCUGGCUUGGGGGCUGUAUCCAUCCAAUUCAAGUUAUGGUAUUAUGAGAUAAUGAUAGCGAG